AUGGAUUUGGUGAAUGGACCGUUGAGUCAAAAAGAGGCGUGGAACAAUCUGAAGGAAUUGUUGAGAAAGGCAAGGGGUGAAUUGAAAACUAAAAUUAAUGAGUGGAAGGAGAAAGAUGGAGAACGUGAUUGGGCAGUUGAGAGUUUGGAGAAGAUGUUAAAGGAGAGUGAAGAAAGGGAAGCGGCACUCGCUAAGCUUCUGCAUUCAACACAAGAGGAUAUGAAGAGUGAAGGUACAAAGGACGCGAAGAUUGCAGAAUUGGAAGAACAAUUGAGUAGAAACGGAGAAAGAAUACGAGACUUGCUCCGAGAGAAGGAUGAGAAUAAAGCCGAAGCUGAUGGAUUAGAACAUUUUCUUCGAGCUAGCGAGACGCAAACGACACAACUCGAAGAACAACUUAGGAAGGCCGAAGAGAGAAUUCGGGAUUUGCAACUGGAAAAAGAUACCCAGCAAUUUGAGGCUGAAAGACUGGAGGAUCUCCUCAAAGCUCGUGAAACACAAACGGCCGAAAUUUUCAAGACAUCAAGAGAUGAAGAAGAAGAACAAUACCUAGUAGAAAUCGAGAGGUUGCAUGAACUUCUCCUAUUAAGAGAAGAUGAAGACGAACAAUUCCGCGAAGAAAUCGAGAGACUUCACGAAAUGCAUAAAACUAGUGAAGGAAAGGUCACCGAGCUUCUUGAUAUAUCAAUCAAGACUUCGACACGAUUAUCUGAUCUCGAAGACGAGAUCAUGAGAUGGAAAGUCGUUGCUGGAGAAAGUAUUGGGGAGAUUGAAAAUUUACAGAAACAGUUGGAAGACGCUGAGGCAAAAGUUGAAUCGCACAGUAUAACGCAUAAUCAAAAUGCGGAAACGCAAACUGACACACCUACAUCCACAAGCAUGGAAACACAAACGGAGGAUAUUGAACUUCUACAAUCCGCAGUUCCACCUUCUACAGCUGAACCCAAACCAAAGAAAACCAAAAGGAAAUCUCCAAAAAAGAAGCCUAUCACAAAGAUCCCACGAGAUCCACGCAAUCAUUCUCAACACUCCGAUUCCGAAACUUCAGAUGAAGAAUUAAAGAACCCUAGGACCCUCAAACCACAACCUAAACACAACGUUGCACUGCGUCAAGAAAUGGAUUCAAAUCAUCCAGCUCCAUCGCCCUCUCCCGCCCCUUCAAUAACCAUUAGAUUUACAUCCAAAGCGCAUGCGAAGAAGAAGGUUCAUGGAAAGGAAAGUGUAGAAUAUGAUCCACCGUAUAAAGUUGAAACAGUGGUGGGAAGUGAAGAUGAAGAAAUACCAGAUAUGGAGAUAGCACAGGAAAGUCCGAUUCAAGAGAUGCAUAAAGUGGGAGAGGCGGUGAAAUCAAGAGGGAGUAGGAACACGAGAAAUCCAGAUCCGGUUUAUACCGGGCAAUUGCUAGUGAGGGGACUUGGGAAGGGAGAGCAGGAGAAGAUGGGUGGAAAUAGGGCUGCUAGGGGCCAGAAGAGGAGAGCAAGUGAGAUUGGGGAUGAGGCUGGGAAAGUAAAGAAGGGGAAAAGGCAGGACAGAAGUGUGUGA